AUGGGUCUGGUGACCACUCGGCCCGUCGUCGCCCUCUGGUCUCGCGCCUCUCUGCUUUGGUCUCCCUUUUGGGGCAACCCGGUUCAACUCGUUCAUCUGAUUGUGGACACUGGCUCCUCGGCGCUGGCCGUGAGUCAUCCCAAUUGCACCACGGCCACAAAAAGCCCUUGCACCAGUCAUGCUUUUGAUCCAGCAUACAGUCAAACCUUUGCAGCUUCACGCAUUAGCCAUCGCGUGGUCACCAUGGAAUACGAUCGUGGUCGAUGGCAGGGCUCAAUUGGAACAGAUCUGGUAGAAAUCAUCAACUUUGAGGAUUCCAGGCACAAAAAGCACCGCCAUCAACGUCGAGAUGCUGCGAUUCUUGUCCCUCACACCAAUCACAAGAGCCUGCCCCUCGCACCACACCACAUGGGCAUGAACCGUUCCUCGAGACCUUUGGACUCGGGCCUUCCCUGGGGACAGGCCCACCUGAUCAAGCCCAACUCAACCUUGCAGUUUGGUCGUGCGGUUGGUCGCACACCAAACCUCUUGGCCAAACUCCCUUGGCGGCUUGAGACAGGCAUCAAUCUGAUUGAGCAGGCCUGGUCCAUCUUCACCUUUGGCGGCUUUGACGGAAUUGUGGGCCUUAGCCCGCGUGCGGCUUGGCUACAAUCCAAUCGUGCCCAAGUUUUGCUAUUGCUAAGCGGCCAUCACAGCCGUCUUUGGCUGGCCCACAGCUCCUCGGACCAGCCGGUGAUUGAGGCUCGCCUUCGCUGGGCCAAGCUCGCAUCGGCCACGAAUAGCACGGUCGUGAAACUGCUCGGGCCCCGCAACGCCCUUCACUUCCGUGCUCGCUGCACACAGAUUCUGGUGGACUCGGAGCGUCUGCUCGUGCCGGUCAUGCCAAAAGUAAUGAAAGGAUCCAUGCUCAAUGGCAUCGACCCGCCCACGACCCAGCUUGCCAUGGAGGCCGUUUUUGACACUGGGACCACAUACCUUCUUCUGCCUGCUGUCGUGCACCAGGCUUUGAUGAAGAGGCUUCAAGAUGUUGUCCCGGUGAACAAGGCCAUUUGGGAGGACUAUUGCGUGCAAACACACCCAGCCUUGUGGCCACCCCUCGCCUUGGUCUUGGAUUCAGGCGCCUAUUUGACCCUCUAUGGACGGCACUACUUGCGCGAGCACUCACCCGGACUUUUUUGCAUGGGCAUUGGCUUGUCCCAAGCGCCUAAUGAGGUGGUCAUUGGCUUGCGUGCCAUGGAUGGGCGCCUGUGGGGCUUCAAUCCCCAACAACAUCGGAUGAUGUUCUCGAGCGUGCUGCAGCUGGACCCACCCUCGACACCCAGUGAGGUCUGUCAGUGGUUGAGUGGCCAGCUCACCUCCUUUGCGGCCCAGGUCAAGUGCGAGCCCGUCUGCCGAGCGGAUCUAGCCGCCUCAGCCUCGUACUGUGACAACUUGCACUUGGAAAUUGCCGUGGACCAUCGCCGCUACCGCUACGAGGGCGUUCAGCUCUCGUGGAACUGCCAGCCACUCGCGGCACUCGACAUGGCCAUCAUAGUCAACGGGGCUUGGUCCUCGCUUCAUCAUGUUAUCAUUCUUCUCAGUGGCUUAUCGAUUCAGCUAAUAGACGACAAGGACUUUUUUUCGGGCACAACACACAAAUCAGAAUGA